AUGGUAAACCCCGAUAUCAAUCCCGAAUCUUUCAACGGCCAUGAUUUCAAGCGAGGCCCUGAGGCGCUAGAUGUCACGCACCAUGGCCGAGAUUUCCAGUACGAGUUUCUCUUGCCCCCGAACGCUGCCGCCGAGGAAUGCGUCAUUCAUUUUCGAGGUGAGAUGACUGCUCGAGGCACAAUCUGGGAUCCAAUCCGAGAAGUGACUGCGGCAAAGGAGAUGCAGAACCUCCAGAACCCUGGGUUGGAAGUCAGUGAUGACAUGGCCGCUCUCAGACUCGGUGCAAACCGCAAACAGGAGCCUUACAGCGAUCGGGUUGGAGAAGUCCAGAGGCUCCCGGGACUUCUAUUCCUCCUGGAGGAUACUCCUUGCGACAUUUUCGACCACAUAUACCGUGGCGCCCUUUUCAUGUACCCCCACGCCGAUGUCAGCUGGGGCGGCACUGAUGCAAGUGCUGCUCGUGAGAUCUGUCUGGUAAACUUCGAUCCUAUCCCUAUCGACGAUGAAGAGAGGAGCGAGGGCACUGUCAACUUUGAUCCUAUGGACGAUCCCGUCCACCCACAGUGGCUUCCGGCUGCCCCGCCGCCGAAUGAAAGAAAGCGCCAACUUGAUGGCCGGCAUCCGGAAGAGGGCAAGAGUAUUACCCUUUGGACGGAUAGAUAG